AUGGCUCUGGCCGACAGCACUCGUGGAUUACCCAACGGGGGUGGCGGCGGCGGCGGCAGCGGCUCCUCGUCGUCCUCGGCGGAGCCGCCGCUCUUCCCCGACAUCGUGGAGCUGAACGUGGGCGGCCAGGUGUAUGUGACCCGGCGCUGCACCGUGGUGUCGGUGCCCGACUCGCUGCUCUGGCGCAUGUUCACGCAGCAGCAGCCGCAAGAGCUAGCCCGGGACAGCAAAGGCCGCUUCUUUCUGGACCGCGACGGCUUCCUCUUCCGCUAUAUCUUGGAUUACCUGCGGGACUUGCAGCUCGUGCUGCCCGACUACUUCCCCGAGCGCAGCCGGCUGCAGCGUGAGGCCGAGUACUUCGAGCUGCCCGAGCUCGUGCGCCGCCUCGGGGCGCCCCAGCAGCCCGGCCCCGGGCCGCCGCCGCCGCACUCCCGGCGCGGGGUGCAGAAGGAGGGCUCGCUGGGCGACGAUCUGCUGCCGCUCGGCUCCGCCGAGCCGGAGCAGCAGGAGGGCGCCUCGGCUGGGGCGCCGUCGCCCACGCUGGAGCUGGCUAGCCGCAGCCCGUCCGGGGGCGCGGCGGGCCCGCUGCUUACGCCGUCGCAGUCGUUGGACGGCAGCCGACGCUCGGGCUACAUCACCAUCGGCUACCGCGGCUCCUACACGAUCGGGCGGGACGCGCAGGCAGACGCCAAAUUCCGGCGAGUGGCGCGCAUCACGGUGUGCGGCAAGACGUCGCUGGCCAAGGAGGUGUUCGGGGACACCCUGAACGAGAGCCGGGACCCCGACCGGCCCCCGGAGCGCUACACCUCGCGCUAUUACCUCAAGUUCAACUUCCUGGAGCAGGCCUUCGACAAGCUGUCCGAGUCGGGCUUCCACAUGGUGGCGUGCAGUUCCACGGGCACCUGCGCCUUCGCCGGCAGCACCGACCAGAGCGAGGACAAGAUCUGGACUAGCUACACCGAGUACGUCUUCUGCAGGGAGUGA